AUGCGAUAUCGAUUACUACGCAACACCAUCUCUCCCCUCGGAUACCGAUCCAUCCGCGUCCCGGCUUCACCUAGCGCAUCCCGGCUUCUGUCCAGUUCCACGCGCAAGUCACCUACCUCGAAAUCAAGCAAAGCACUCAAAGCUGCACCGACUAUUCCAUUCUUUGGUGCCUUUUUCAGUUCGAAUCGCAACACCGAGGAAAAGACCACAGUCAUGUCAUACCCUGACCAGAGAAGCGAGGACCAGUGGAGGGCCGUCCUGAACCCAGAGCAAUUCCGCAUCCUCCGCGAAAAGGGCACCGAGCGUGCCGGCACAGGCGAAUAUGAUACCCACUACCCAACCAAGGGCGUCUACAAUUGCGCCGGUUGCGAUGCGCCACUCUACACCGCUGAUCACAAGUUCAAGUCUGGCUGUGGAUGGCCUGCAUACUUUGACUCCAUUCCUGGGGCUGUGACCAGACACGUGGACAACACCUUCGGUAUGAAGAGGACGGAGAUUGUCUGCACCAAUUGCGGUGGCCACCUUGGCCAUGUCUUCGAGGGUGAGGGCUAUAAAACUCCUACUGAUGAGCGCCACUGUGUCAACAGUGUUAGUCUGCGCUUCUCUGAGGACGCAGCUCCCAAGGCCAAGGCUUAG